UUCAGUCUGCCUUUCCUUUGCUCUAACAUAUUUUCUUUGUGGUAAAAAUGUGAAGAAAAUUUUACAAAAAAAAAUGUCAUAAAUAAUAAAAGAAUUUAAAGAAAUAUUAUAAAAAUAUAUUAUUUCAAUUGUAAGCUUAAUAAAUUUAAUAAAAUGCUUAAAUAAUUAUAAAAAUUAAAGUGUUAAAACUUGAAAAAUAAACGAGUUGUCUGCAAAAAAAAAAAACUUGGAGGAACGCAAAAAAAAAAAACGGAACAAAUAUAAAGUGAUAAAACGAAGAAGAAAAAGAUAAUAAUAGAAGAGAACGCGCCAUUUUGGAUUUUUUUCUUAUGUUAUUUUUGUAGCGUAAAUGAAUUUUUUGUUAUAAAAAAAAAUGUGUUUUAAUACGAUUUUUAAGAAAUUUAAAAUAAAUUAAGAACCAUGUUAAUAUUGCUGGAGGAAAAUUUAAGAAAUAAAUGUUAAAAAAAAAAUUAAUAAUUGAUAAUAAACCCCCGAAAUAAAAAAAAUUAAAUACAAUAAUUAAACACAACAGCAAAGAAAAAUUAAAGAAAUUGUGUUGAAAAAACGUUAAAAUUAUAUUGGCUGCUUCUGCAGCGCCUAAAAAAAAGUGUAUUUUUAUUUAACAAAAAAAUAAAAGUUGCGUCAUCAUUACUUUUUUAAAUACACACUGUGUGCGUUUUUUUAUUUUAUACAUCGAGUGUUAAAUAGUUUCUUAAAAAUAAGAAGAAAGCCUUUUUCUUUUUUUGAUACGAUUAAAUUACACGUUCCUGACAUAAAUUAUUACUAUACAACAACAACAACAACUACUACUACUGUUCCUUUUUAUAAGAAAAAACAACAUUCUCUUUAGUCACUUGUCAUAAUGUCAGUGCAACAAUUUUGUUUACGCUGGAAUAAUCAUCAACCAAAUUUCAUUUCGGUCUGUUCAUCUCUACUACACAAUGGCACUUUGGUUGAUGUUACACUGGCUGCGGAAGGACGGCAAUUGCAGGCUCACAAAAUUGUUCUAUCAGCGUGCAGUUCAUAUUUUCAGACCCUCUUUACAACCAAUCCCUGUCAACAUCCGAUUGUUAUACUAAAAGACGUCCAAUAUGAUGAUCUUAAGACAAUGGUUGACUUUAUGUACUACGGUGAGGUGAAUGUGUCACAAGAACAACUGCCGCACAUACUAAAGACGGCUGAAAUGCUGAAAAUCAAAGGUCUCGCCGAAAUGCCCACCGAUCCUGCCAAUUUAACAAAAUCUGACAGUAAAUCAUCUAAUGAUGCUACUGAAUUGGUGGGUAGUGGUGGUAAUAAUGGACAGUUAGGUGGUGGUAAUAGUGGUGGUGGCAGUAAUGCUGGUGGUGGAGGAAAUACCAGUAGUGGGGGAUUGGGCAGUAGUAGUGGUGGUGGCAGUGUUAGUGAUUCAAUAUGGGGUAGUACUGAGUCACAAUUUCAACAGCAACAACAGCAGCAGCAACAACAACAGCAACAACAACAACAGCAGCAACAACAUCAACAGCAUCAUCAACAGUUGCAGCAACACCAUCAUCAGCAACAACAACAGCAGCAGCAACAGUUACACACACAAUUGCAAAAUAGUCAAACACAAACCUCACAACAACAGCAACAACAACAGCAGCAACAACAGCAACAUCAUCAGCAACAAUUGAGACGUACACCGUCUCCAUUAGGCGCUGGCGCCUCACCAGCCACCAGACGAAAACGUUUAAGAAAAUCCUCAAAUAAUGGAUCCGGUGAACGUACCAAUUCCGAAGAUCAUAACACUUCAUUGGAUGCCGCCACUGCUGGCGGUUUAACUUUAUCCCAAAUGAGUCAAAUGUCAUUUGGGGGUGCAGCUACAAAUAGUGCUCUCAGUGGUUUAGCUGCACACUCUUUGCACACAGCUAAAUUACUUAAAGAAGCCUCUAAUAACGAUCUGGAAACAAAUCCCCAAGAUUCUGAUAGUUUAGAUGAUACCCAUGGACAUGUACAUAUGCAAAUUAAACCCGAAGUUGAUAUGAGUGGAGUGCCACAAUCUAUGCCAUUGGAUAUAUCCGGUGCCACAACGCCCUCUGAACAUGAUGCUCCUAAUUCACAAUCCGCACAUUCAGGUUUACAAUGGACGGUUGUUGAACCAAAUUAUUCACGCUUUUCGCUGUCAUCCUGUCCCACCAAUUUAAUUGGCAAUAACAACAAUCAAAACCAAUCAAAUACCAACAAUAACAACAGCUCGAGUAGUGAUCAACAGCAACAACAGCAGCAGCAACAUCAACGUCAACAGCAAGAAGCUAUUGCUAGUCAACAGCAGCAACAACAACAGCAGCAGCAACAGCAACAACACUUGCAGCAGCUACAACAAUAUCAGCAUCAACAGAACUCUGCAUAUUCGCCACAAAUCAUAACGGUCAGUGGUUAUACCAAUGCAGCAGCCGCUGCUGUAGCGGCGGCUCAAAAUCUAUCACCGCCCUCACCCAACGACGGCAACAUGGUGCAAUCAGUAUACAGCCAAGGACCCACGCCCACUCAAUCACCAGUGGGCAAUGCCUCUGGCUCGGUGGGCGGUAAUAAUAUGGCCGCCAUCAACUCCGCCAACAAUGCCAAUAUCAAACGUAAGCGUUCGGUUAAUCCACAAGGUGAUGAAAAUUUUAUACGGGCCCUGGAGGCAGUGCGUUCGGGAGGUAUAGGUUUCUGUAAAGCAGCACGUCUAUAUGGCGUCAAUAACCGUACUUUAUGGCUGGAGUACAAGAAGCGCGGUUAUCCUGUCUCCAGGCCCAGUAUAAAAUCACGUGUGGUCAAGCAAGAACCGAAUCUCUCACCCUCCCCCACACCACCUGCCAAUGCCACAGACGAUACCAAUGAGAACUACGAUCAUAUGGCGGCAGCAGUGGCUGCUGCACAAACGGCCGCCCUAAACAUGCAAAUACCACCGACUUCCGAAACACCAACACCCUCACUGAUGUGUACACCCCAUCAUGCUGGCACAGCCGCUGGUGCUACCACACAUCCCACCAUGGGUGUAAUGAGUUUCCUGGAUACCCGCCAUCUGGACUUCCCCGCCAGUCUGCAUUCGAUGUCACGUCAACGUUACAUAGAUGCCAGCGCUGGCGGUGGUGGAGCCGGAGCGGGUACCAUCAAUGUUAAUCCGGCAACGGCAAUGAAUUUACAGAGUAUUAAUUUUAACUCAAUAUAGAAUUCAAUGUCUACAUCUUCGGCACAUUCUGCGACGGUGGUGGCUACAGAAACGGUACCAACAACAAUUA